UAUGGUACUACACGAGAUAUUUGACAGGUUGGCAGAAAUUGUUUCCAUAUUUUAACGUCAUAUAAUACAGGUCUGAGGUGUUGUGCAUGUCUAAACAGAUAGCUGCUGGCAUACUGGUGUUGCUGGUUAGUUGUGUGUUGAUGCGGACGUAUCUGUGGGCAGGCGCACGAAGACUCUACGGUGUCAUGGCGGAAACUACGGCGUACACCUCCGGCACGCACUCCGCGUGCUUCGUCACCGUGCCUGACGAAGACGUCGGCAAGAAAAUCGCAAAGGGUCUAGUGGAAAACAAGCUGGCAGCCUGUGUUAACAUCAUACCCAAGAUCAUCUCUGUUUAUGAAUGGGAGGGGAAGAUUGAAGAGGAUGGAGAACUUCUACUGAUGAUCAAGACAAGGACAAGUAAGGUUGCAGCACUGACAGAAUUUGUCAGAAAGAACCACCCAUAUGAUGUUCCUGAAGUCAUCAGCACCAAGCUAGACCAAGGAAACCCUGCUUACAUGAAGUGGUUGGGUGAAACUGUGCCAGACAACUAAAGCACCAGUUUAUUGUUUAAAAUAUUGCUUACUUUCUGGUACAGAUUUUUCUUAACAUACAUGCUUACCGAAUACCGUUCCCCUGUGUGCCCCUGUCCUAAACUGUUUAAAUGUUUACUUUGUAUGCCAGCUUUUUAAUAUCUGGUGUGGUGCCCAAGCAGUUUUCUAGAAGGCUUAAGGCAUAAAGAAAGACAACUGUCAGAGAGGACUUGUCUUGCAAUGGUGACCAUGGUCUCUAGCCCUGGUGUUAUCUGGCAUUACCAAUAAGUAUUUAAAAUUGUGCAUGGUUGCAUUUCCAAAUUUGAAUUGAGCUAAGAAAACUGACAGAAAUAAA